AAUUUCAAAAUGAUCAUUUUCUAAAACGACAAAUGCAACCCAAAAUUUUGAAAAAUUACAAAAUGUGAAAAAAAAGAGUCAUGAACGACGUCGUUUACAUGAGUUCAUCCUGAAAAAAAAAAUGAAAAAUACAGUAAAAAUGAAGUAAACAGUGGCACUUUUUCCAUUAAUUAAUAUUUAUAAAUUAUAAAGGCUCUGCAAUUUUCCGCCUCUACUCUUUGUCUCUUCCUCCAUUUCAAAAUUUUGAAGUUAGCUCUUCUUCCAAAUCACACUAAAAGUGGAGCUUCCCCAAUUUGUUAUUUUUCUUUCAAUUGAUUUAAAUUUUUGUCGUUGAAUUUUUGCAUUAUAUAUUCAAGUUAAACAAUCAAUUUCAUUGCAAUUUUUUAAAAAUUCAUAAAAAAAAAACCCAAAAAUGGAGAUAUCUACCGGCCCAAUUUCUACAUGUUCUAAAGAACACCAGAAAAUUUAUCAGCAAUGGUUUCCUAUUGCUGAUUCAGAUGGAGACGGUCGUAUUACUGGAAAUGAUGCAACCAAGUUUUUUGCCAUGUCUAAUUUGUCUCGAUCUGACCUUAAGCAGGUAUGGGCACUAGCAGAUACCAAGAGACAAGGUUACUUGGGCUUUAAAGAAUUUGUUGCUGCGAUGCAGCUUAUAUCUUUGGCUCAAGCGGGAAAGGAGCUGACUUCUGAUCUUCUGAGUAAUGCAGCUAUGGAGGACAUCCAACUCCCUAUAAUGGCAGGGCUGGAUGCGCUACUUGCUAAGAAGAAGAAGACUACAACAACAUAUGUUGAACCUGAAUUAAAUGGAUCUCCUCAACAACAGUCACCACCUACAUCGAAUUGGUUCAGUUCAAAGCCCUCAAAGAAGAUACCCCUUAGUGCAGUAACUUCCAUAGUUGAUGGUUUGAAGAGAUUAUACAUUGAAAAGUUGAAGCCAUUGGAGACUACCUACCGCUUUCAUGACUUUGUUUCACCUCCACUGACAAAUAGUGAUUUUGAUGCCAAACCGAUGGUUAUGCUAUUGGGACAAUAUUCUACUGGGAAAACUACCUUCAUAAAACAUUUGCUGAAAUGUGAAUAUCCAGGAGCUCAUAUUGGACCAGAGCCUACUACAGAUCGUUUUGUUGUCGUCAUGUCUGGACCUGAUGAGAGGAGCAUUCCUGGGAACACGAUUGCUGUCCAAGCGGACAUGCCAUUCAGUGGUCUCACAAACUUUGGCGGGGCAUUCUUAUCAAAAUUCCAGUGUUCGCAAAUGCCACAUCCUCUGUUGGAGCACAUAACUUUUGUUGACACACCUGGAGUUUUGUCUGGAGAGAAGCAGAGAACUCAGAGAAGCUAUGACUUUACUGGAGUGAUCUCAUGGUUUGCUGCAAAGUGUGACCUUAUCCUUUUGUUGUUUGAUCCUCACAAGCUUGACAUAAGUGAUGAAUUUAAGCGGGUAAUUUCAUCUCUGCGCGGUCAUGAUGACAAAAUCCGUGUUGUUCUGAAUAAAGCUGACCAAGUCUAUACCCAGCAGUUGAUGAGAGUAUAUGGUGCGUUGAUGUGGUCGCUUGGGAAGGUCCUAAAUACCCCUGAGGUCUCUCGUGUCUAUAUUGGUUCAUUCAAUGACAAGCCUAUCGAUGCUGAAGCAGUUGGUCCCAUGGGAAAGGAACUUUUUGAGAGAGAGCAGAAUGACCUUCUUACCGAUCUGAAGGACAUUCCAAAGAAAGCUUGUGAUAGACGAAUAAAUGAAUUUGUGAAACGUGCCCGAGCAGCUAAGAUUCACGCUUACAUAAUUAGUCACCUGAAGAAAGAGAUGCCUUCGAUGAUGGGGAAAGCUAAAGCUCAACAACGAUUAAUUGAUAAUCUUGAAGAUGAAUUUCUCAAGGUUCAGAGGGAAUUCCAUUUGCCAGCAGGCGAUUUUCCAUAUGUGGAGCAUUUCAGGGAAGUUCUAGGUGGCUAUAGUAUUGACAAAUUUGAAAAGUUGAAACCUAAGAUGAUUCAAGCUGUUGAUGACAUGCUUGGCUAUGAUAUUCCAGAGUUACUCAAGAAUUUUCGAAAUCCAUAUGAGUGAAUAUGAAUGAAACCCCGGAAUAUCUGAGAAAUGAACAUGGCUACAACACGUAGCUUUUGUAGAUAGUUUUGUGGUAUGCUUGAAUUUAAUUGUUAUUCAAUGGAUUCUAUCAUUCAUCUCCUGUUAAGAGGCAACCUAUGUUGCCAUCUCCGGUGCCUGUCAGGUGAAAAUCCAUUGCAACUGGGAUAGAUCAACAAGCUGCUUGGUAAUUUUGAUGAAUAUUUUUUUGGUAUCCAUAUAAAUACGUAGUACUUGAUUUUGAACCUCAAUGCUUAUAUAUAGAUGAACAAACUGCUGGAGAAAUUCAGUGUUCAACAUCUGAA